AUGUUGAAGUUUAGCAUAGUUUUCAUAUUGAUGCUCACAAUAGCUAGUGUCAAAAGCAAAAAUCCUAAUAAUGUAACGAAGUUUCGUAUUUAUCUUCAUCUAUUUUUUCGCGUGCCAAAUGCAAAUGCUUAUGAGGUUGCUCGAGCCAACAUCACGGCCGAUUCUCCGACGUCGUUCGGCCUCGUCGUCGCCGGAGACACCUUGAUCACGAGCGGGCUCGACAUGAAGACGGGGAUCUUGGGUCGGGCUCAAGGCUACACGGUGUAUACAGACCUAAACGAGAUUGCUAGGAAACUAAACGCAGAGUUCAUAUUCACGGCUGGAAAGUAUCGAGGAAGCUCACUGAUGGUAUUGGGACGGGUUAAUCAUGAGCUUGCCAUUGUGGGUGGUACGGGUGCCUUUCGAAUGGCACAAGGAUAUGUCAAUUCUACUACUUAUUUGAAUGAUCCUCGCACUGGUUAUAUUCUUUUAGUUUUUGAUUUCUAUGUUAUCUCUCGACUAUGA